GCUGCUUUUUUAUUUAUUCCUACGUGCACAGACCCAGUACACCUCUGGCAUAUAAACAGUGAAAAUUAUAACAUAUACGAUUACUUAUUCCUGCUUUUGGGCUAACAUUUGUGCUACUCAGAGCUUUGACCAUCUGUGGAAGACUAAAAGGAGAUAUUUCCAGCAAGUAAUUCCAGAUCUUUCAGAAAACACUCAUGUGCUAUUCAACAAAAGGUGGUCUCAAGAGAUCAAAAUAAUUUCGGAUCUCAUCUUAAUAACACAAUUCCUCCAACACACUUAACCUCACAGUCGCGUGAACAAGAUCAAGGAACGUACUUCAAUAAUUUGCUUCCAGUUAAUCCUGUUGGAUGCUUUACUUUCAUUUGGACACAGUUCACUGGCUUCUGUUUAGCUAUUUAAGAUCCAUUUCAACUGUAGAAAUAGGAAGAUGGGACAAGAAGGGGGGAAAACCCUAAAGGAAGAGUUUCGGUUUACUCUUAAAGGAUAUGUUCUUCCAGCAAAACUAUGCAUCUGGGAAGCAAGUGCCCCAAACUGUUAUUACACUUGUUAUUUACACUCUAUGCAAAUACAAAAUAUCUGGGAUCAGAUACUUAAAUUGUAACUUUUCUAUUUACAUCAUAAAAUAAUAUUUUAAUCAGAGUAAACAUAGAAUUAAAACAUUCCAAGUCAAAAUUUACUAGUUAAAAUACACACGGAAUGAAAAGUUAGCUUUUGCCCAAUAACAAUAGUCUCUGUUUUGAUUUGGGGCCUCAGGCAGAUGUUGUUCAAAUGACCAAAUGAAAUGGGUCGCAAAGAAACGCAUUAUCUGCAAACGUUAAAUUGCGACUCAAUGGCUCAGCAAGGUAUCAAAGUGCGUCCUGUGCUGCUGAAGCGGAACAGCCUGGAUUCAGUCGACUUCAGAAGGCAGCCGCACCAUCGCAGGAGCAAAUCUCAACAAGUCCGAUUUAAAGAUGAUGGAACAGACAACCCACCAGUGGCAGAAUCAGAACUGGAGGCUGGAGCUGCUCAAGACCCAUGUGCACUUGGUAACACACAAUCAUCUCAACCCUACAAGCUAGCAAGUGAUUCAUUCUGUUUCCCACCAUCUCACAAAGGAUUACAAAAUAUCGCCAUACAGACUUCUCCUAGUCUCAGGAAGCACUUUCCUGUAUUUAAAAAGAAAAGAAUUACCACAAGCAAGUCCUUGACGGAAAUGCCAAAGGAGUCUGAAUAUUCGAUUCAAGUCAAUGGCAAUCUUUCUGAACAGGAUAUAAUAUCUUCCAGUCUGUCUUACCUAAGCAUCGCUCGACAUUUAGAUGAUAGACCAAGAGCAGCCACAACAGCUAACCUGCUACUUCAAAGGGUACCUAAAGCACAAAGCAAUGGACCUGUCCAUUUUGGUUCAGAGAAAUCUGCAAUACUGGAACAGGCAACAGUUUCUACCCAGGUACCUGAAUAUAUACACCCGGGUUCUGCACAAGACAAUUUUUCCAUUUAUGGCCCAGACACACAAACAGAUUUAUGCAGCUCAGUUCAUUCUUCUAUAGCUAUGAGACAAUCGAAUGAAAACUGUUCAGUGCAUAUGGAAUCAGAAAUAUCUCCCCCUUGCAUAAGGAGUAACUGUAAUGAAGCUAACAUGGUUAAUAGUUCACAUGAAGAAAAAUGCUAUACUGACGUACUCACAUCUAACGAUGACACCGCAACUAAGGAAAUCAUUUUAUCAUCACCUCCAUUACACAACAGUUCAUCAUACUGCUCCCUUAGAGAACAUCAGCAACCAUUACAGCAGAAAACAGACUCUGACCAUAAGACACUGACUAAUGAUAACCAAACAACAUUGUUAACCAACCACAAUGCAUCUCCUCCUGUUCCCUCAAGUCAAACUGUAAGAGAGAACAUUUCUACUAAUACCGAAGUGCCACAGUAUGACAACUGCUUACAAGGCUUUCACAUAAAUGCCUAUCUUCCAGGGACUGAAAUAAAACCACAGGACAAAGAUAUUAAAGAAAUUAAUCAAAUUCACUUGGCACCUAGUGAGCUGUGCGCUCUACAAGACAGGCUCCAGUCUGUUGAGGAAUCUUUGCAGUCAAACCAGGAGAAGAUUAAAGUCCUUUUGAAUGUAAUUCAAGACAUGGAAAAGGCCAGAGCCCUCAAUGAAGGACGGAACUUCUACCGCACUGGCCAAGAUCUCAACAACUGCAGCACUUGCCAGAAUACUGCAUGUAUCAUUUACAGUGUAGAAUAUGACUUCAGACAACAAGAAGGUAGAUUUCACCAAGUUCUGAAGACACUGGAUCAAGUGGAAGAAAGCCCUCCAAUUGCACCUCUACAAAGGCAACCCUCUGACCACUCAGUCCCUGAGAAACAAGAAUUAAGAAGGAAGACCAAAAAAAAGAAAUGCUUCUGGUGGAUCUGACAGUUUAAAAAUGGUUACUCCUGGGUGCAAAUUCCUGGUGGCUGCUGGCAAGGCAUGUAGGCUCAUCAUGUGACCAGACUAAUUCAUGUGGUAAGCAGCUUGCCAAUGUAAAAGUCCCCGUGUGGUUGUGUCACCACAGAGAAGUAUUUUUCAGUGGCUUCCACAAAGAGUAUGAAUAGCCUGCAUACCAAGGAUCUGGAAUAGAAAGUCGCUGGAUAUCUCCUUGUGCAGAAUGGCUUUAAUUUCAUGAUGACGUCUGGAUCUGUUUUAGUGCACCCAGCACAACAUAUGACCAGCUGAAAGCCAACAGGGGCCAUUCUCAUGACUGCAGAAGUAUGUUUACAAGAUGCUAAAGACUUUCAACGGAUGAUAAAGAAUCAGAAAUGAGGCAAAUUAGAGGUCUAAACUAUCCUUUCCAAAUCUUAGUUCUUAGAUCACGCCAAGAUUUUAAAACUAAAAUGUUACUUUCACACCUUUAGAAGAAAUAAUUCCAGAAUUUUGCACAAUAAUUUAGCAUGCUUGUCAGUUUAAAACUGACAUUUUAAAAUUAUUUGAAGGUUCUGUUGAUUACAUGUACCAAAUAUGCAAAUUACCAGUAGCCAUCAGUGUACCUACCCUUACAUUAAAACAUCAUAUAAAGAUGUACUGUUGUAACAUGUUGUUAGAUGCCAGCGUACGGUAUUGCCAUUUAGUACUAGCAGAUUAUAAUGCCAAGUUCAGAUAUUACACUAGGGCAUGAUAUUCUACAUCAUCAUUAUAUGUCCCUCUACAGAAACAAUCUAACACAUGAACCACUAGCUGCAGGAGGUUCCACUUUGCAACAACCUGUGUCCAAGACCACAUAUGUUGCUCAGCUGACAUUCUUGAGCCACCAGGUCAUAUGUUCCAUUACUCCCAUGAAUCUUAACAUAAGCACCCUGAACCAGUAGAGAUAACCAACAUGCAGAAGCAGGUAUAUAACCAACAUGCCGAAGCAGGUAUCCACAUCUGGAUCAUUUUGUUCAAUUGGGACCUAUACAAGAAAGGUGUGCUGGUGUGCACAUACAGGAUAGCAAUAGCACUAGCACUUACAUUGUGGACGGAUCUGGAGGAUCUGGAGUUAUGCAUGCUGAAAUUAAACAUGCUGAACAAAGACUGUGCACAGAGCCUAUAACAAAUGACUGACACAAACAGGUUUUAAACUGUCAUCUGUUUUGAGGGUUGAAUCCAGGUUUCCCCUGCUAUCGGAUAACUUCUGUGAAAGCAGGCCAUGUCAACUAUCAGAAUCAACAGAGUAUGGGCAACACCUUCAUGCCUUGCUUGUGAGUUUUCCAAGGUAUCUUGAUGGUAAUCUGAAAACAGAAUGCCAGACUAGCCUCAUUUCACCUGAUCCAGAAAGGUAGUCCUUAUGUACUUGGCUCCAUAUAUGCAUGAUUCAGUGAUCAGGAAGGAACUUGCAUCAGGGACAGAAUGGUGCUCACACAUUCAAGAAAUAUUCCCAAAUAUUUAUUCAGAUCUUUGAUACAACACAACAAAUAAAUUUAAGGGCACACUAGGUUCACCUUUCAGCAUUGAAAACUAGAUUACUUAUACAUGUAUAGGUUUAAACUAUGCGCUAGCAAGGCAGAAAAUAUUGUAUAUCAUGACAGUCCGACAACACCUUUGGACCACAUUCUAGAAGGUUUUUACUGUCUAUACUUACAACAGGACAACAGCUUUCAGUAACACUAGUUGUAUAAAAUGAGUAUGGAACGUGCAGCCAAAAAGAAGCAUAUAGAGGUACUUAAGUGUGGAUGUUUGUAAAAUAUUGUAUAGCACAUAUAAUAUAUUCUGAAACUACUGUACUUGAAAUUACUCUGCUCUACAGGGGAAAGUGAAUUUUUGGAUGAAAACUGUAAGAAUAAAAUAUUCAGUCUUCUAUGGGCAGUAUCUAAAUAAAGGUUUUAUGUACUUCCAUAGUACAAUAAAUACCUAUUCCUAUCCACAGUCACAACUCUUGGUAAAUAAAUGGGCUCCAAUACAGAUUACUUUCCUGAUAAAAUGUACUAAUCAAAUAUAAUGUUUUGUAUAUUUCUAGAUUCUUUUACUGGCAUAAUAUCUUUUACAAUAAAUUGACAUAUUUUUUCUGUC